AUGACUUCCGACAUACCUGUUGAGGUUGUUCAGGAAAUGGAAGAUCUGUGUAAUGCAGUUCCACAACUAGCAGAAAGUUAUCGACUAAUAGACAAGAUCGGUGAGGGUACUUUCUCAUCAGUAUACAAGGCUAAGGACAUUAAAGGUAGAAUUAUAGCACGUUUUAAGGAUCAUUUUUGGGAAGUUGAUGAUGAUGAGAAAGACUGCCGUGAUAGUGGGCCAUUUGUCGCGUUAAAGCGGAUAUAUGUGACAUCAUCGCCACAACGUAUAUACAACGAAUUGAAACUCCUAUACAUGUUAAGUGGGAACCAUAGUGUGGCUCCAUUGUGUGACGCAAUUAGAUAUAACGACCAAAUAGUUGCGGUUCUUCCCUGGUAUCCUCACGAGGAGUUUAGGAAUUUUUACAGAGAUUUACCUAUUAAAGGUAUCAAAAAGUGCAUUUUCGAACUACUACAGGCAUUGAAGUUCGUACAUUCAAAAGGUAUCAUCCAUCGAGAUGUUAAGCCAACUAAUUUUCUGUAUAAUCCAAUUUUGGGGAAGGGUGUUCUUGUGGAUUUUGGUUUGGCGGAACUUGAGCCAGAUAGAGAAGAAAACUUGAACGAACUGGGAAAUAAUAAGGAUAUUAGGUCGUGUGAAACAUAUUGUCCUUGCGGAUCUAGCUACAAUGUGCCGCAGAAGACGAAUCUUAUUACUAUUCAAAAUGGCAAAGUUAUUUAUAAUUGCAAAAACCAAACCGUGACCGGAAGCGUUGCAAACAGUGCAUUGGAUUUGACCGUGGGGUAUCCUAAGAAUGAAACGCGUAGGAGUAAGCGUGCUAAUAGAGCAGGAACAAGGGGUUUCCGUGCUCCUGAAGUUUUAAUGAAGUGUUCUCAACAAACCACUAAGAUAGAUAUAUGGUCCGUUGGAGUUAUUUUGCUUUCAUUUCUCUCAAGAAGGUUUCCUAUGUUUCAAAGUUUGGAUGAUACAGACUCCUUGCUUGAAAUGUGCUGUAUUUUUGGUUCGAAAGCGAUGAAGAAUACUGCUCAGUUGCAUGGUUUGGGUUUGGAACUUCAGGGCUUGGAAGGAAUUACUCAAGAUGGUAUUUCUAAUGGAUUAAGAGGAUAUGUAAAACAACUAUUGGAAGAAGAAUGCAAUGCUGCAACGUUUCCAUAUUACAGUGUUGCAUUUGAAACGUUGGAUUUUUUGAACAAAUCCAAGAGACAAGUGACGCCCAGUUUGGGCAGUAGUGGUAGUACGAUAUCUAGCGACGAGCGAAGUGGAGACGAGGGUGCAUUAGACUUGCGUAAAGAAAGAGCAUACAGUGAUUACUCAGAAAGAGUAUGGGACGACCACUUUUGGUGUUUUGAUGUACUUGAUAAAUGUUUUGAAAUGGAUCCUAAGAAGAGGAGCAGUGCGGAUGAGUUGUUACAGCACCUUCUAUUUAGUGAACUAACUGAAAAAGAUACUUCAACCGAAAAUGAUGAAUUAGUCACUAUCGAAUCCUAA